AUGUGUAAGCUGGAUAAUAAAUUUAAAAUGACUCAAUUAAAUCAGAUUUGCCAAAUUAUUAAACGUAACAGAAUCUUAAACUCAAUAAACAACAAUACUUCAUUAAUUUUAAAGCCGAUUUGUUCUCAAAUAUUUAAACUGCAUUACGACUUCCCGGAAGAAAAUGAAAUCAACUGCAAUAACAUCCUUCUUAGAACUUGGGAAACAAACAUGAGAAGGAAGACCUACAAAAGUAAAAAGAGGAAGAGGUUUAUUAGAAUAGGAGAGCGGAUUCUUAGAAUAAGCUGA